AUGGUUCCUCUGAGCCUUUCCCUGGCAGUAAUGUGUGUAUUGAGUAUCUGGACUAUAGCUGCAGGCUGUGGUGAUAGACAGUAUCUGGUAGAUGGGCAAUGCUGUGACCUGUGUCCCCCAGGUACGCAUCGGAAGAGUGUUUGCUCAAAGCAGCAAUCUGUCUGUAUCCCCUGUGAAGAUGGCUACUUCUCGGACCAACAUCACUUGCUUGACAGAUGUCAGGAAUGUCGGUCGUGCCAACAAGAUAAUGCUGAGAAAUGUACACCAACCACAAAUGCAAACUGCUCGUGCCGCUCUGGUUUCUUGUGCUCUAACAAUAUCUGCUCAAAGUGUGAGGAAAACAAAUGCGUUACGGGGGAGAAACUGAAGAGGACAGAGAGUACCUUGGGUGUCGGGUUGAUAAAGUAUUCAUAUACGUGUGAGCCUCUGCCUUCAUGCCCUGAUAACACAUAUUUUGAUGUGAAAGAGAAUGUCUGCAAGACGCACAGAGAAGGAAGAGACCCCAUUCAUCUGAUCCUUGGCAUCGGCUUUGUUUUGCUUUCUCUCACCCUCCUUGUGUUUCUAUCUUAUGCCUGUAUAAAGAGCCUGAGGAAGCACAAAGCAUAUAAUAAUCCCACGGAAGCAGUCUCCACCAAUGCCAGUGACUUUCACCUGUCGAAGGAGGAGAGUGGGCUCGAGUUUAUCGUGCAGGAUGAAUUAAAGAAGAGCAACAGUUUGGGCUUUCUGCAUCUGUAAAAAGUCACCACUUGUUGAUAACAAGUGUAAGAUGACAUGAUGAGUCUGUUCACUAUAGUGAUAUUAAUAUAAUGGUACAAAGCAUCUCGCUUGCUAUCAGCACACAUUUAAAUAUAGAGAAACCUGUUAAGGGCAGAGAUGCACACGUGUGAAUGAAAGGUCCCUGGUUCGAUCUCCAGCAGAAAGUUAAAGAUCAGCAUUUGUCUGACCAACAUAUGAAGGUUUAAUGAGUAAAGUUUGAAAACAUAUCAUUUUAGACGUGCUACGUCAGGGGUGUCAAACUAAUUUUCACCCCGGGCCACAUCAGCAUCAUGUUUCCC